AUGGACAUUCGUAGAAAAAGACUUUACGAUAUUCUUACGCUAUUCAUAAUAGCCACAAUAAUAUGCUUUUAUACUACAUCCCAAUCAAGAUUGUCAAUUCAACUUAAAUUCACCGAGGACGAUGUAGAUGAUCGUCCAAAAGCUGCUAUUAUGGCCCUAUGCAGAAAUAAAGAACUCGAAGCUAUGGCUAAAACCAUGCAACAGCUCGAAGACAGAUUUAAUAAAAAGUUCAAAUAUGAUUGGGUAUUCCUCAACAAUGAACAGUUUUCCCCUGAUUUCAUCAAUACCACGAGCGCAAUUGCUUCCGGGAGGGUAAAACAUGUACUCAUACCUAUGAAAUAUUGGUCAUAUCCAUGGUGGAUUGAUCAGGAUAAGGCAGCCAAUACAAGAGAAGAAAUGAAGGCACAGAAGAUUAUUUAUGGUGGAAGUGAAUCUUAUAGACAUAUGUGUAGAUUCAAGAGUGGAUUUUUCUUCGAGUUGGACGAAAUGGCAGAAUAUGAUUACUAUUGGUUAGUAGAACCAAACACACAAUUCUUUUGUGAUGUUGAUUAUGAUGUUUUCCAAUAUAUGAAAGAUAAUAAUAAACUAUUUGGAUUUUCGUUAGUGGCUGGUGAAAUUCGAAAAACGAUAAGGACGUUUUGGAAGUCAACGAAAGAAUUUUUGGAUGAACAUCCGGAAUAUAUUGCUGAGAAUAAUUUAAGUGAAUUUAUAACUAAUAAUAAGCGGAGUUCAUUUAAUGGGAAUCAUUUUUGGUCAAAUCUUGAAAUCGGAAGUUUGAAAUUCUUCAGAUCAGAAGCAUAUAGAGAAUAUUUCAAGCAUAUGGACCAAGCCGGUGGGUUCUUUUAUGAAAGAUGGGGAGACGGUCCGCUUCAUGCAGUUGCUGCAACACAUUUCAUUCCCAAAGAUCAAAUCCACUUUUUUGAUAUAGGAUAUAGACACGGGAUUCUUCAGACAUGUCCCUUGGAUGAAGAAUAUAGGAGUGAACAUAAUUGUGCUUGUAACCCGGGAAAAGAUUUUAGGUAUAGGGACAGUGUGAUUGGGAGGAUGGCAAAGAAAUUUUAUGAUUUGAUGGAACUACCUAAACCAGAGCAAUAUCCUCUAUUUGCACAAGGUGAUCCUACUAAACCAAAGGUGACCAAAACGGCGGCGACAGCUUUGGUUGCACCACCUCUGGAUGCACCACCUCUGGAUGUACCCUUAUCUAAGGCAGCAUAG